AGCAUGGCCUCCGGCGCCCCGGCCGCAGCCCCGGACCCCCUGCGGGUCCCGGGCUCGGGAGGGUCGGAAGGGACAGAGGAGGCACUCGGGCAAGCGGCGAGAAAGAGAAAGGAGCCUCCCCUAGCCGCCUUUUCCGCCUUCAGCCACAUACCGGCCAGACGGGAAGGGCCUCCAGAGCUCAGCUAUUUCUACAGGAAAGCCAAGACAGGAGAUGAUUCCACUUACGAUGCCAUUUUCAAAAGACCAGAGGGUUACAACCAAAAACUUCACCGGUGUGACAGAGAACAUGCAAAGAGUCGUGGUCUUAACAUUAAUGAAGAGGAAAUGGCAAGACCUGUUCCUCUUUUGUCAUCUUCAGAGUAUGGGAGACGCAUAAAUAAGCCCAUAGAGGAGCAAAUCAAAGGUCAUGGAAGGACUAAUCAAAUACAGUCAGAUUUCUACAGGAAAAAUGGCAUCGCCUGCCUUUUGGAAAAAACUUCCCCAAGCCCGUAUCCACGUUAAGUCUCUUAUAUCUGUCAUUGCUGUUGUAGUUGAUACAUUUAUUGGCUGGAAAUAUGAUAAAAUAUGAAUAUUAUUUAUGAAAUAUCAAAAAUUGUUUUCCUGUGCCAAUUUAUUCAGGUUCGUUUGCCCGGUCGGUAACAGGUUAAUUACACAUGGUAGAAGGCUAAUAAACAGUAG